AUGGUGAAUAAUGCAGGAGAGCAAGCAGGAUCUGAACCCAUCCCUGAAAUCGAAAUUGAAGACGUGUUCGCAUUCAGCGGGCCGGCACCAGGGAGGAUCAACGGCCAAGACUUUUUCGCUCAGAUCAGUGAAGGUGGCACCCCGUGGUUCAUAAGGACGAGCAUUCUGCUCUCUGUCGCAUCUCUUGUUCCUCUGUUUCAAGGAGUCACGGUCGAGUCAAAGUCGGACGGGUCGAUGACUUCCGAUGCCGAGUUGUGGAAUGGAAGGUUGGCGAUGUUGGGACUGGUUGCGCUGGUCUUCAUUGAAUAUGUUAAGAGAGAAACACUUGUGUAG